AUGAAGCCGGUUAAAUCCGAACUGCAGUUGCCAUUGACGGAAGAAGAAACUAGUAACAGCUCAUAUCAUGUCCUACAACUAUUAGAAGAACAAGAAUCCGAACAUCAAAAAGACCUGCUUAGAAAUAGCCGCGUUGUCCCACUUGUGGAAGAUGAGGACCUGCCUUGCGGUAGCGCUUGUGAUGAAUUCAAACAAGAAUCGACAAUGGACCAUAUGGAAGGAAAUAGUUGCGGCACUCGAUCCCUAUACGAUUGUAUUCACAAUGGAAGGCUCGAUCUGAAUGAAGCAGCGCGUUUUAUCCUGAAGGGAAAACGAAAUGGGACAUUCAGUCAAGCGAUGUAUGACGAGUUUGUAUCUGAGGCUGCCACAAAGGUUCACCAUUAUGCAAACAAUGGCAUGCUGGACCUCCACGAUCCGUUUUUGGAGAUGAGAUUGAAUUCUAUCGGGACUUUUAUGAUGGUACGUGAUCAAAUACUUGCACCAAAUUCAAAAGGGUAGCG